GAAGUGAUGAUGAGUACAGCGACGACGACGACAUGAGCUGGAAGGUUCGCCGUGCGGCCGCCAAGUGCCUGGACGCCGUGGUCAGCACACGCCACGAGAUGCUGCCAGAGUUCUACCGCACCGUGUCGCCCGCGCUCAUCGCUCGCUUCAAGGCACACACGCACGCACACACACACACACACACACACACACACACACACACACACACACACACACUAUCCCGUGUUCCUCUAGGUUUCUAUCUUCCAAGGAGUUUUACCUAGCCAUUGGGCGUGUGUUUGUGGUUGCUCUCUGAGUCUAGGCCGGGUUACUAAAAAGUAAAAGCACUUUGACAUCAACAGUUGUAACAAAGGGCUUUAUAAAAACAUUUUGAUUGAUUGAUUGACUAAUGUAUUGGCUGAUGUAUUGACUGAUGUAUUGGCUGAUGUAUUGACUGAUGUAUUGACUGAUGUAUUGACUGAUGGAUUUGUAGGAGCGGGAGGAGAACGUGAAGGCUGACGUGUUCCAUGCCUACCUGUCGCUGCUGAAACAGACACGUCCUGCUCAGAGCUGGCUGUGUGACCCCGAUGCCAUGGAACAGGGAGAGACCCCGCUCACCAUGCUGCAGAACCAGGUAAAACACAGAGAGAGAGACUCCACUCACCAUGCUGCAGAACCAGGUAAAACACAGAGAGAGACUCCACUCACCAUGCUGCAGAACCAGGUAAAACACAGAGAGAGACUCCACUCACCAUGCUGCAGAACCAGGUAAAACACAGAGAGAGAGACUCCACUCACCAUGCUGCAGAACCAGGUAAAACACAGAGAGAGACUCCACUCACCAUGCUGCAGAACCAGGUAAAACACAGAGAGAGACUCCACUCACCAUGCUGCAGAACCAGGUAAAACACAGAGAGAGAGACUCCACUCACCAUGCUGCAGAACCAUGCUGCAGAACCAGGUAAAACACAGAGAGAGACUCCACCUCACCAUGCUGCAGAACCAGGUAAAACAGAGAGAGAGGACUCCACUCACCCAUGCUGCAGAACCAGGUAAAACACAGAGAGAGACUCCACUCACCAUGCUGCAGAACCAGGUUAAAACACAGAGAGAGACUCCACUCACCAUGCUGCAGAACCAGGUAAAACACAGAGAGAGACUCCAUCACCAUGAUGCAGAACCAGGUAAAACACAGAGAGAGAGACUCCACUCACCAUGCUGCAGAACCAGGUAAAAACACAGAGAGAGAGACUCCACUCACCAUGCUGCAGAAACCAGGUAAAACACCGAGAGAGACUCCACUCACCAUGCUGCAGAACCAGGUAAAACACAGAGAGAGAGACUCCCACUCACCAUGCUGCAGAACCAGGUAAAAACACAGAGAGAGACUCCACUCACCAUGCUGCAGAACCAGGUUAAAACACAGAGAGAGAGACUCACUCACCAUGCUGCAGAACCAGGUAAAACACAGAGGAGACUCCACUCACCAUGCUGCAGAACCAGGUAAAACACAGAGAGAGAGGACUCCACUCACCAUGCUGCAGAACCAGGUAAAAACACAGGAGAGAGACUCCAACUCACCAUGCUGCAGAACCAGGUAAAACACAGCGAGAGACUCCACUCACCAUGCUGCAGAACCAGGUUAAAACACAGAGAGAGAGACUCCACUCACCAUGCUGCAGAAACCAGGAAAACACAGAGAGAGACUCCACUCACCAUGCUGCAGAACCAGGUAAAACACAGAGAGAGACUCCACUCACAUGCUGCAGAACCAGGGUAAAAACACCAGAGAGAGAGACUCCCACUCACCAUGCGGCAGAACCAGGUUAAAACACAGAGAGAGAGACAUCCACUCACCAUGCUGCAGAACCCAGGUAAAACACAGAGAGAGACUCCACUCACCAUGUGCAGAACCAGGUUAAAACACAAAGAGAGACUCCACUCACCAUGCUGCAGAACCAGGUAUAAAAACAGAGAGAGACUCCACUCACCAUGUGCAGAACCAGGUUUUAAAACACAGAGAGGGAGGACUCCACUCACCAUGCUGCAGAACCAGGUAAAACAGAGAGAGAGAGACUCCACUCACCAUGCUGCAGAACCAGGUAAAACAGAGAGAGGCACUGCCCAAUCUGGCUGGUAGACCAUACGUUCUACUAGCCAAUGGUGGGUGAUGUUCUUUUAGCCAAGGAUCCAAAAAUCUGUGCUGUGCGAUAUUUCAGAAGACACGUUUUUCGGGCUAGUUUGGCACGUUUCCUACUAGCCUGGUCUAAACAGUACUACCUGGUUACCUGUAUUAAUGCAUCACACCAAUGUAAUGCUCCUAUGUUAAUGCUCACACACACAGAGGGUCGAGAGAGUAGUAUUUCUGAUAGUUUAUCUAGUGGUAGUUCUAGUGUGUAUUAGGCAGUAGUAUUUCUGAUAUUUAUCCUAGUGGUAGUUCUAGUGUGUAUUAGUCCAGUAGUAGUCUGAUAUUUAUCUAGUGUAGUUCUAGUAUGUAUCUAGUAUUUAUAUAUUUAUCUAGUGGUAGUUCUAGUAGUAUUAGGCAGUAGUAUUUCUAAUAUUUAAUCCUAGUGGUAGUUUCUAUUCCUGUGUAUUGUACUAUAUGUCGAUAUUUAGGUGGUAUUCUAGUAUUAUGUAUCCUAGUCUGGUAGUUUCAGUAUUUACUGAUAUUUCUCCUAGGGUAUUCAGUGCGUAUUAUUGUAGUAUUCUGAUAUUUAUCCUAGUGGUAGUUCUAGUAUGUAUUAGUCGUAGUAUUUCUGAUAUUUCUCCUAGUGGUAGUUCAGUGGUAUUAGUCCAGUAUGUAUUAUAUUUCUCCUAGUGGUAGUUCUAGUAUGUAUUAGUCGGUAGUAUUUCUGAUAUUUAUCCUAGUGGUAGUUCUAGUAUGUAUUAGUCGGUAGUAUUUCUGAUAUUUAUCCUAGUGGUAGUUCUAGUAUGUAUUAGUCAGUAGUAUUUCUGAUAUUUAUCCUAGUGGUAGUUCUAGUAUGUAUUAGUCAGUAGUAUUUCUGAUAUUUAUCCUAGUGGUAGUUCUAGUGUGUAUUAGUCCGUAGUAUUUCUGAUAUUUCUCCUAGUGGUAGUUCUAGUGUGUAUUAGUCGUAGUAUGUCUGAUAUUUAUCCUAGUGGUAGUUCUAGUAUGUAUUAGUCCGUAGUAUUUCUGAUAUUUCUCCUAGUGGUAGUUCUAGUAUGUAUUAGUCCGUAGUAUGUCUGAUAUUUCCUAUCGUGUUCAGUGUAUAGUCGAGUGAACUGAUUAGCCCUAGUGCUAAGCAGAUUGUAUUAGCGAGUAAGUUCUGAUAUCUCCUAGUGGUGUCUAGCUUCAAAUCUGCUAGUAGUCUGGUAUCUGCUACUGGAGUCCCUCAUCAACAAUCCAUGUCUCGUACCAUGGUAGUUUAUUACCGUAGUAUUCUGAACCCUAGGAGUCCCUUUACACAAACAUAUUCCUGUGUCUAGUACAGUAGUUUUACUACUUACCUAACCCAUGGAGUCAGCAACAGUAUUCAAUUCUCCAGGUAGAGUUAUUUACCUACCUUAACCCUGGAGCCCGUACCAGACAAUACAGUGCUGUUCCUGAUGUAUCAGGUAGGUUGAUACCCAUGGUAGCAGCUAUACCGGAGUCUCGAAUUCAUCCUCUGUCUUCGUACCGUGUAGGUUAUACCCUACCUGGAGCCUCAGAUGAUAGCAUCCUGUCUGUACCAGGUAGGUUACUACUGUACCUACCUAACUGAGCCCUCACCCAACAAUCCGCUGUCUCGUACCAGGUAGGUUACUGACCUCUACCCAGUACCCUAGCCUGAAGCCCUCACACACACAUCCCGCCUCGCUACCAGGUCAGGUUAUCCUUACCCCUGGAGCCCUCAAACAACAUCCUGUCCUCGUACCAGGUAGGUUACUACCCUAACCCUGGAGCCCUCACACAACACAUCCCUGUCCUCGUACCAGGUAGGUUACUACCUUACCCUACCCUAACCCUGGAGCCCUCACACAACACAUCCCUGUACUCGUACCAGGUAGGUUAUACUACCACCUGGGCUCACACAACACAUCCCUGUCCUGUACCAGGUAGGUUACUCACUACCCGUGACCUGGCCCUCACACAACACACCUGUCGCGAUCCAGGUAUUACUAACGUUACCAACUGGAGCCCACACAACACAUCCCUGUCAUCGUACAGGUAGGUUAUACUACCUAACCCUGUAGCCUCACAACACCAUCCUGUCUCGUCCCGGAGGUAACCUACCCUAACCUGGGCCCUCACAAACAACCGUCUCGUACAGUGGUUACUACCCGAAAUGGAGCCCUCACACAAACAUCCGUGCGCGUACCGGUGGUUAACACCUUAUAACCUGAGUCACAAAAUCCUGUCCAGACGGUUAGGUAACCUAACCUGACCUCAACAACCUGCCUCGUACAGUAGUUUUAUCUAACCUGAGCCUCCAUCCUGUCUGGUACCAGGUGGUUACUCCUACCUAACCUGGAGCCCUCACACACACAUCCCUGUCCUCGUACCAGGUAGGUUACUACCUACCUACCCUAACCCUGGAGCCCUCACCAACACACUACUGACUACCCUAACCUGGAGCCCUCACACAACACAUCCCUGUCCUCGUACCAGGUAGGUUACUACCCUACCCUAACCCUGGAGCCCUCACACAACACAUCCCUGUCCUCGUACCAGGUAGGUUACUACCCUACCCUAACCCUGGAGCCCUCACACAACAUAACUUGCACUGAGUGGGCAGUUUAUUAGGUACACAACCCUGUUCAGAAAAAUGGUUCGCUUCUACAGACAGUGGGUCACGUGGCCGUGGCUUGCUAUAUAAAGCAGGCAGACAGGCAUCGAGGCAUCCAGUUACUGUUUGAUUGAACGUUAAAAUGGGCAAAACGAGUGACCUGAGAGACUGAGCGUGGUAUGAUCCUCUGUGUCGGACGCACCGGUUCCAGUCUCUCAGAAACCUCCGGCCUCCUGGGCUUUUUACAAACAACAGUGUCUAGGGUUUACCGAGAAUGGUGCGACAAACAAAAAACAUCCAGUCAGCGACAGUCCUGUGGGUGAAAACAGCUCGUUGAUGAGAGGUCGAAGGAGAAUGGCGAGAAUGGUGCAAGCUAACAGGCGGGCCACAAACAGGAAAACAACGGUGCAGUACAACAGUGGUGUGCAGAACUGCAUCUCGGAACGCACAACUCGUCGAUCCUUGUCACGGAUGGGCUAUUGCAGAAGACGACCACACCGGGUUCCACUCCUGUCAGCUAAAAACAAGAAGAAGCGGCUCCAGUGGGCACGCCAUCACCAACACUGGACAAUUGAGUAGUAGAAAAACAUUGCCUGGAUCGACGAAUCCCGAUUCCUCUUGCGUCAUGCUGAUGGCCGAGUCAGGAUUUGGCGUGAGUCCAUGGUCCCAUCCUGCCUGGUGUCAACGCUACAGGCUGGUGGCAGUGGUGUACUGGUGUGGGGAAUGUUUUCCUGUCACACGUUCGGUCCCUUGAUACCAAUUUGAGCAACGUUUCAGUGCCCCGAAGAAUUCCGGCUGUUCUGGGGGCAAAGGGGAGGGGUCUGACCCCCGGUACUAGAUGGGUGUACCGCAUGUGAACCUGAAAUGUGUCCCCCGGACACCACACACACACACACACACACACACACACACACACACACACACACGAAGGAGAGGCUGAAAGCAGCAUUGGAUCAGCUGCAGAGCUACACUUUCCCCUGGAGCAGCCUUUGCUCAAGGGCACAAUGGUAGUAGUUGGCACCCCGAGAUUCUGAUCUCACUCUUGCCAGACUUUUACCCGGGGGCCUAUCCUGGUCUCUCACCCCCAACAUCUCAGUGCUGCUCCCAGGAACGAGGCUCCCGCCCUUGGCACAUUCUUCAGCCUCAUCCCUCUGGUCUGGAGGUCACUCCGUCUGACGGAGGCUGGCUGACCGACAGACUCAGGCUGAUUUUCGGUUCUUAUGAAAUGAUGACAUUAAAUGCCUUUUCAUGUCUUAGUGGAAUGAGAGUAGUUGAGUUGACAGGAAAUAUGUUGAAGUAGAACAUUUGUAUUAUUUUACCUAGUCAGCGUGUCACCUUAGAGGAAUCGAUGGAUUGAUAGCUUUGCAUGUUGUUUAUGGCUGUUUGCAGCCAUAGGGUCUUCUUUCCCUUUAGAACACUACAAGUGAUUUAUUACGACUUGUUCGCAGUUAAAUGCAACACACCGAAGGCAACAAGAGUAGAUUUUAUAUUUUGGUUCUGUCAUUUUCUAAAUGACCUUGGGAGAUAAACCAGUCAUCGUAGUUUCCCCAACAUGCUCCUCCAAACUCUAUUCUACAGUGCCACUGCUCUGCUUCAGUAACCCACCGCAAUGGGAUUAUAUAGGAUCAAUGUAAUAUGAAGCUAGCUUCUCCUUCCCUGCAUGCACCAGGGGAGUGGAGGAUCUGAAAGGGGCUGAUCAUCACUAUUAUCUGCCUGUUGUUGUAUUGAUUCUUACUGUAAAACCUUCCUGUUGUUGUAUUGAUUCUUACUGUAAAACCUUCCUGUUGUUGUAUUGAUUCUUACUGUAAAACCUUCCUGUUGUUGGAUUGAUUCUUACUGGAAAACCUUCCUGUUGUUGUAUUGAGUCUUACUGUAAACCUUCAUACCUUCCUGUUGUUGUAUUGAGUCUUACUGUAAACCUUCCUGUUGUAUUUAUUCUUACUGUAAAACCUUCCUGUUUUUGUAUUGAUUCUUACUGUAAAACCUUCCUGUUUUUGUAUUGAUUCUUACUGUAAAACCUUCCUGUUGUUGUAUUGAUUCUUACUGUAAAACCUUCCUGUUGUUGUAUUGAUUCUUACUGUAAAACCUUCCUGUUGUUGUAUUGAGUCUUACUGUAAAACCUUCCUGUUGUUUUAUUGAGUCUUACUGUAAAAUCUUCCUGUUGUUGUAUUGAGUCUUACUGUAAACCUUCCUGUUGUUGUAUUGAGUCUUACUGUAAACCUUCCUGUUUAGUAAGGAAGCUCUCUGUUUUCCUCAUUGUAUUUUGUGUUCCCUGAAACAUGGGUCAGCUGUCUGACCUCACCUGCACCACUUUCCUAAUCUGUUUCCCUUCUUUCCUUUAAUAUUCUAAUGCAUUGUGGGCCGGUUUCCCCAGACACGCAUCACACCUAGUCCUAGACUAAACAGCACUUUCAAUGGAGUUUCUAGUCUAGGACUAGGCUUAAUCUGUGUCCGGGAAACCCUCUCUCAAUGUGCAUAUCGACUAAACUAACCUACUCUCCCUCCCAACAGGAAUCAUCUUCUCUCUCAACGACAAGUCCAGUUCGUCCAACCUGAAGAUCGAUGCCCUGUCCUGUCUGUAUGUGGUCCUGUGUAACCACCAGCCGCAAGUCUUCCACCCCCAUGUUCAGGUCGGAUAUUAGGACUUUUGAAAUAGUCUCAGAACUCUCACUGAGUGGUCCAUCCACAAAAAAAAAGUAUUUUUUUAUUUGAAAGACGUCUUGUCAUUUUGUGAAGUGACACUUGAAUAAACUUUUUAAUAAACGUUUCUAACCUGUAACCUCCAAAGGCCCUGGUGCCGCCCGUGGUGGCAUGUGUGGGAGACCCCUUCUAUAAAAUCACCUCUGAGGCCCUGCUGGUCACCCAACAGUUGGUCAAGGUGAUCAGGUAAGGUUAUCUAGUCUAUUCUAAUACAUGCGUAUUGAUGUGUUCUCUUGUUUUUAAUAGGAUAACUACAUGUUUUACCAGAGGUAACUCGAGUCGUGUGUUGCUGUUUUUCAUUCUGUCUGUACAGUAUUUUUUUUAAAAAAUUUAUCUGAUGCAAGCACAUGGCCCAGUAUGGGGGAAAUGAAGCACAUGGCCCAGUAUGGGGGAAAUGAAGCACAUGGCCCAGUAUGGGGGAAAUGAAGCACAUGGCCCAGUAUGGGGGAAAUGAAGCACAUGGCCCAGUAUGGGGGAAAUGAAGCACAUGGCCCAGUAUGGGGGAAAUGAAGCACAUGGCCCAGUAUGGGGGAAAAUGAAGCUUUCUCAAUGUGACUCUGAAUGUUCACAGACCUCUGGACCAGCCGGAGAGGGACACCUUCGAUGCUUCUCCCUACAUCACUGACCUCUUCACCUGCACCAUCAAACGCCUCAAGGCUGCCGACAUCGACCAGGAAGUGAAAGAGAGGGCUAUUUCCUGUAUGGGUCAGAUCAUCUGUAACCUAGGAGACAGCCUGGGGGCCGACCUCCCUGGGACGCUGCACAUCUUCCUAGAGCGCCUGAAGAAUGAGAUUACCAGGCUGACUACGGUCAAGGCCCUCACGCUCAUCGCAGGUAGGGAGGGGAUGAUAUCGGGAAGUCUUUCAGAAUCCAUACGUAGGUUUUUCAGAGUCUGUUGAUGACAGUUGAUUUAAUGGCUUGAUAAGUGUGUUUUUUUUUAACUAAUAAAUCAGUUUCCCUGCUCGAUAAGAGGUGUGUGUAUAUACUUACUUUUCAUACUUGCUCUCUUCCCUAAUCACAGGCUCCACGCUGAAGAUUGACCUUCGACCUAUCCUUGACGAGGCGGUGCCCAUCCUGGCGUCGUUCCUGCGUAAGAACCAGCGGGCGCUGAAACUGAGCACCCUGGCCGGCCUCGACAUCCUGGUGAAGAACUACAGCGACAGCGUGACCCCGGCCAUGAUCGACGCGGUGCUGGCCGAGCUGCCUCCGCUGAUCAGCGAGAGCGACAUGCACGUGUCCCAGAUGGCCAUCAGCUUCCUGACCACCCUGGCCCGUGUCCACCCUCUCUCCCUGGCUAAGAUCGGGGGGUCGACCAUCCUCUCAGAGCUCAUCUCUCUGGUCAGGUCUCCUCUUCUGCAAGGAGGGGCCCUCGGUGCCAUGUUAGAGUUUUUCCAGGUACGAAUGGUUACCAGUUACAGUUUGAUAAGGGAAUGCUAUAUUAACGCCUAGGACAGCGGAUGGGUGAGUUCAAUUGACGUACUGUGUUGUAAAAAGUUUGUGAACCGCUUGGAAAAUCAGCAAAAAGAAACGAUCAGGUAUUUAGGUCCUACUUUGUCCCUAUAGAAGAUGCUCUGUAGUUUCCCAAACUAACAACUUCGAAUCUAGAAGUGUCACUGCUUAAUGUUAAUUUGUGUAUUUAUAAAAACACUGACCCUGAUCAAGCAGGAUUGUAGCACUCAGAAAAGUAUAUUCUGUUCUUCUAUAUUCGGGCUCUGGUGGGUACGGAGACACCCUCUCUGGGUUAGGGUUAUGUUAUAUUAAAAGCGGUAUUAUUGUGUCUCCUCUCCCAGGCUCUGGUGGGUACGGGGACAUCCUCUCUGGGUUAGGGUUAUGUUAUAUUAAAAGCGGUGUUAUUGUGUCUCCUCUCCCAGGCUCUGGUGGGUACGGAGACAUCCUCUCUGGGUUACAUGGACCUGCUCCGUAUGCUGACCGGUCCAGUCUACGCCCAGAGUGCUAUGACACAUAACAGUUUACCUAGUUAUCGGCUCUUAUUCGUGGUACGCGUAGCUUGGUAUAGCUUGUAUUGAUCUUGUGUUCACUGUCUCCUGGCUGUAGGGGACACUUCGAUGUUCUCCUGAGAUUACUUACCUUUUACCUGCACAUAACAUCCUCAGGUGCUCGAUAUCGCCUAGGAAGUGAAAGAGACCAUUUCCUGUAUGGUCUCUCUGAACCUAGACAGCCUGCCGGAGUCUCCUGGGACUUUGACAUCUUCCUGUGUAUGUCUCCUGGAGAACUUAGGAUCUCCUGGUAGCUCGGAGGACUUUCACCUUCCGUAGUGGAGGUGAUUCGGGAAUCUUUAGAAUCCAUACUGGUUUGUUCUCUGAGAGGAUUUUAGAUCUUCCUGUUAUGUUUUGAGACUUUAGACAUCUUCCUUGUUAUGUCCCCUGGAGGUUUAGAUCUUGUGUUUGUUUACUGGAACUUUUACAUACUUCGGUUAUUCCCUAACUUAACAGCUUCCGGUUAGUCCUGGAGAUUUAGACACUCCUUCCUGUGUUAGUCCCUGAGGCUUUAGACCAUUCCUGGUUGUUCCUGGAGGACUUUUAGCGCUAAUCUGUGUAGUCCCUGGGGACUUUAGACAUCCUGGUGUAUGUCUCCUGAGGACUUUAGCGAUCCCCGUGUUAUGUCGCGCUGGUGUGGCUUAGCUCCUCCGUGUCAGUUCUCGGAGGACUUUAGACAUAGUGUCCAGUGAUGUUCUCGAGACUUUCUGACACUCCUGGCGUGUCACCUUUUCUCCUGGUAGGACGUGUUGACAUCCUUCAUGGUCAGUUCUCCUGGAGGUCUGACUCCUUCUCUGGAUGUCCCUCGGGACCAUUUUAGAGAUUUUCCGGUGGUUAUGGUUACCUUGCAGUUGAACUGAUAGGAAUCCUCUGUGUAUGUUCUCUGGAGGGCUUAGAUCAUUGCUUCCUGUGUUUGUGUCCUGGAGGACUUUUAGACAUCCUUCCUGUGUUAUGUUCUCCUGGAGGACUUUUUAGACAUCCUUCCUGUGGUUAUGUUCUCCUGGAGGACUUUAGACAUCCUUCCUGUGUUAGUUCUUCCUGGAGGACUUUUAGACAUCCUUCCUGUGUUAUAAUGUCUCCUGGCGGACUUUAGACUCCUCCUCUGUGUUAUGUCCUCCUCCUGGGGGACUUUUAUAGGCAUCCUUCCCUUGUGUUAUGGUCUCCUGGAGGGGGCUUUUUAGACAUCCUUCCUGUGUUAUGUUCUCCUGGGAGGACUUUUUAGACAUCCUUCCUGUGUUUAUGUUUCUCAUGGAGGACUUUUAGGCAUCCUUCACUGUGUUAUGUUCUCCUGGAGGACUUUAGACAUCCUUCCUGUGUUAUGUUCUCCUGGAGGACUUUUAGACAUCCUUCCUGUGUUAUGUUCUCCUGGAGACUUUUAGACAUCCUUCCUGUGUUAUGUUCUCCUGGAGGACUUUUAGACAUCCUUCCGUGUUAUGUUCUCCUGGAGACUUUUAGACAUCCUUCCUGUGUUAUGUUCUCCUGGAGGACUUUUAGACAUCCUUCCUGUGUUAUGUUCUCCUGGAGGACUUUUAGACAUUCCUUCCUGUGUUAUGUUCUCCUGGAGGACUUUUAGACAUCCUUCCUGUGUUAUGUUCUCCUGGAGGACUUUUAGACAUCCUUCCUGUGUUAUGUUCUCCUGGAGGACUUUUAGACAUCCUUCCUGUGUUAUGUUCUCCUGGAGGACUUUUAGACAUCCUUCCUGUGUUAUGUUCUCCUGGAGGACUUUUAGACAUUCUUCCUGUGUUAUGUUCUCCUGGAGGACUUUUAGACAUCCUUCCUGUGUUAUGUUCUCCUGGAGGACUUUUAGACAUCCUUCCUGUGUUAUGUUCUCCUGGAGGGCUUUUAGACAUCCUUCCUGUGUUAUGUUCUCCUGGAGGACUUUUAUACAUUCUUUCUGUGUUAUGUUCUCCUGGAGGACUUUUAGACAUUAUUCCUGUGUUAUGUCCUCCUGGAGGAGUUUUGUGUAUUUUCAAUCCAAAAUUAUUCUCAGAUUUGUACGGUUUGAAUAUAUCCCUGUUUAUUUCUUUGUUUGUUCAUUAUCUUAACACUGUGUUUUAUAAUGUUGUAUGAUCACUAGGAGGUGCCCUAAAGGCUUUUGCAAUAUUCUAAUGCACUUUAAAUAAAGUUUGAUUGUGUUUGUAGGAGGGUCCUGCCGUGGUAGGUCAGUUCAUCCAGGAUGUGAAGAACUCUCGGUCCACAGACUCCAUCAGGCUGCUGGCACUGCUGUCACUGGGAGAGGUGGGCCACAGUUUUAAAUACAACUAUUCAAAAAAAGAACGUGUGUGCAUGUCUAAGUGAUUUUAUGGUUGUGGGAGAAAUAGUGGUUUUACUGCUGCUGGUAGUAGGACUAAUAGAGGUUUUACUGCUGCUGGUAGUAGGACUAAUAGUGGUUUUACUGCUGCUGGUAGUAGGACUAAUAGUGGAUUUACUGCUGCUGGUAGUAGGACUAAUGGUGGUUUUUAAUUGUAGUAGGCUAGUAUCAGUAGCUGUAGUGACUAGUAUUAGUAGAGUGAAGUGAAUCAUUAAUAAUAUCUGUCUCUGUGGUAGGUGGGACACCACGUAGACCUGAGCGGCCAACCAGAGCUCAAGACGGUCAUCCUGGAUGCCUUCUCAUCCGCUUCUGAAGAGGUCAAGUCUGCCGCAUCGUACGCCCUAGGAUCCAUCGCCGUGGGCAACCUGCCUGAAUACCUGCCCUUCGUCCUGGGGGAGAUCUCGGGGCAGCCCAAGAGGCAGUACCUGCUGCUGCACUCACUCAAAGAGAUCAUCAGGUAGGAUAUUCCAGCGGUUAGGGAGGUGGAGCUGAAAGGUCGCUGGUUCAAGUCCCAGGUCGGCCGGCUGAACUGGUUAAUGGAGGGUUGCUGUUUUAACCCAUAUUUUACCAGACAGGUUGGUUAUGAACGAAUUGUUAUUCAUAAUGACAGCCUGGCAUGUGGCGAGGCACAAGUGCAGGGCUAAAUGAAUCCAAUCAAAAGCAGCACAUUAGAAGUCAAGAAAACACCAUCAGAUCAAACACAUGGCAACCACAUUACAGACCAUAACAACGAUGUGUAAACAGAACACACCACAACAUUACAGACCAUAACAACGAUGUGUAAACAGAACACACCACAUCAUUACAGACCAUAACAACGACGUGUAAACAGAACACACCACAACAUUACAGACCAUAACAACGACAUGUAAACAGAACACACCACAACAUUACAGACCAUAACAACGAUGUGUGAACAGAACACACCACAACAUUACAGACCAUAACAACGAUGUGUAAACAGAACACACCACAUCAUUACAGACCAUAACAACGACGUGUAAACAGAACACACCACAACAUUACAGACCAUAACAACGACAUGUAAACAGAACACACCACAACAUUACAGACCAUAACAACGAUGUGUGAACAGAACACACCACAACAUUACAGACCAUAACAACGACAUGUAAACAGAACACACCACAUCAUUACAGACCAUAACAACGACGUGUAAACAGAACACACCACAACAUUACAGACCAUAACAACGACAUGUAAACAGAACACACCACAUCAUUACAGACCAUAACAACGACAUGUAAACAGAACACACCACAACAUUACAGACCAUAACAACGACAUGUAAACAGAACACACCACAACAUUACAGACCAUAACAACGACGUGUGAACAGAACACACCACAUCAUUACAGACCAUAACAACGACGUGUAAACAGAACACACCACAUCAUUACAGACCAUAACAACGACGUGUAAACAGAACACACCACAACAUUACAGACCAUAACAACGAUGUGUAAACAGAACACACCACAUCAUUACAGACCAUAACAACGACAUGUAAACAGAACACACCACAUCAUUACAGACCAUAACAACGACGUGUGAACAGAACACACCACAUCAUUACAGACCAUAACAACGAUGUGUGAACAGAACACACCACAUCAUUACAGACCAUAACAACGACAUGUAAACAGAACACACCACAUCAUUACAGACCAUAACAACGACGUGUGAACAGAACACACCACAUCAUUACAGACCAUAACAACGACGUGUAAACAGAACACACCACAUCAUUACAGACCAUAACAACGAUGUGUGAACAGAAAUGGUGUGGGGGUGGAAAGGCAGAAGACAUUCUAACCAAAUAGUAUCUGUUCUGUUCGCUCCAGCUCAGCGUCUGUGGCGGGUCUGAAGCCGUACGUAGAGAGUGUCUGGACCCUGCUGUUGAAGCACUGUGAGUGUGCAGAGGAGGGCACCAGGAACGUGGUAGCGGAGUGUCUGGGGAAACUCACCCUCAUAGACCCUGAAACCUUGCUGCCCAGGCUCAAAGGAUACCUGCUCUCAGGUGGGUAACGGUAACCCGAUGUUUCACUAUGCUGUUUUUGAUUGGCAAGACUUGAUUCAAAAAUACAGUUUGUUCAUUGCGCGUGAUAUGAGUCAUUCAUGUUAAGAAAUAUGACCUGGGUAUUAAUUUUACGGUGCUAUUGCAAGUACGUCAUGUGAAUAUUCAUGUUUCCUUCUCCAGGAUCAUCUUACGCCAGAAGCUCAGUGGUGACAGCAGUGAAGUUCACCAUCUCCGACCACCCACAGACAAUAGACCCUCUCCUGAAAAACUGCAUAGGUGUCUUAUCUUCACCAUCUAAUCUAUGCAUAGCUAUCUACUGCUAACCUAUCCUCUCUGUGACUACUGAUAUGGGACCUAUAGUUAUCUAUAUCUGAAUGUUUUUUACUGAGACAGACAGACUGGUAUGGUAUCUAUAUCUGAAUGUCUUUACUGAGACAAACAGACUGGUAUGGUAUCUCAAUCAAAUCAAUCAAUCAAAUGUAUUUAUAAAGGCCUUUUUACAUCAGCAGAUGGCACAACAUGCAUAUACAGAAACCCAGCCUAAAACCCCAAACAGCAAGCAAUGCAGAUGUAGAAGCACGGUGGCUAGGAAAAACUCCCUAGAAAGGCAGAAACCUAGAGAGGAACCAGGCUCUGAGGGGUGGCCAGUCCCCUUCUGGCUGUGCCGGGUGGAGAUUAUAACAGUACAUGGCCAUUUAAGGCCAGAUUGUUCUUCAAGAUGUUCAAACAUUCAUAGAUGACCAGCAGGGUCAAAUAAUAAUCACAGUGGUUGUAGAGGGUGCAACAGGUCAGCACCUCAGGAGUAAAUGUCAGUUGGCUUUUAAUAGCAGAGCAUUUAGAGGUCGAGACAGCAGGUGCGUUAGAGAGAGAGAGUCGAAAACAACAGGUCUGGGACAAGGUAGCACGUCCGGUGAACAGGUCAGGUGUCCAUAGCCGCAGGCAGAAGAGUGGAAACUGGAGCAGCAGCACGACCAGGUGGACUGGGGACAGCAAGUCGUACUCUGAGAUGUUUUGUGGAAAUGGGCCCAGGCCAGGUAGUCCUGAGGCAUGGUCCUAGGGCUCAGGUCCUUCAGGAGGGGAGGGAGCGAGAGAUAAUUAGAGGGAGCAUACUUAAAUUCACACAGGACAUCAGAUAAGACAGGAGAAUAACACCAGAUAUAACAGACUGACCCUAGCCCCCCGGCACAUAGACUAUCGCAGCAUAGCUACUGGAGACUGUGAUGUGUUUUUACUGAGACAGAUUGAGGAAAUAUAGACUAGAUGUACAGUGCCUUCGGAAAGUAUUCAGACCCCUUGACCUUUUCCACAUUUUGUUACGUUGGAUGGGGAGCGUUGCUGCACAGCUAUUGUCAGGUCUCUCCAGAGAUGUUCGAUCGGGUUAAAGUCUGGGCUCUGGCUGGGCCACUCAAGGACAUUCAGAGACUUGUCCAGAAGCCACUCCUGCGUUGUCUUGGCUGUGUGCUUAGGGUCGUUGUCCUGUUGGAAGGUGAACCUUCGCCCCAGUCUGAGGACCUGAUCGCUCUGGAGCAGGUUUUCAUCAAGGAUCUCUGUACUUUGCUCCGCUCAUCUUUCCCUCGAUCCUGACUAGUCUCCCAGUCCCUGCCGCUGAAAAACAUCCCCCCAGCAUGAUGCUGCCACCACCAAGCUUAACCGUAGGGAUGGUGCCAGGUUUCCUCCAGACGUGACGCUUGGCAUUCAGGCCAAAGAGUUCAAUCUUGGUUUCAUCAGACCAGAGAAUCUUGUUUCUCAUGGUUUGAGAGUCUUUAGGUGCCUUUUGGCAAACUCCAAGCAGGCUUUCAUGUGCCUUUUACUGAGGAGUGGCUUCUGUCUGGCCACUAUACCAUAAAGGCCUGAUUGGUGGAGUGCUGCAGAGAUGGUUGUCCUUCUGGAAGGUUCUCCCAUCUCCACAGAGGAACUCUAGCGCUCUGUCAGAGUGACCAUCAGGUUCUUGGUCACCUCCCUGACCAAGGCCCUUCUCCCCCGAUUGUUCAGUUUGGCCAGGCGGCCAGCUCUAGGAAGAGUUGGUGGUUCCAAACUUCUUCCAUUUAAGAAUGAUGGAGGCCACUGUGUUCUUGUGGCCCUUCAAUGCUGCAGAAAUGUUUUGGUACCCUUCCCCAGAUCUGUGCCUCGACACAAUCCUGGCUCGGAGCUCUACGGACAAUUCCUACAACCUCAUAGCUUGAUUUUUGCUCUGACAUGCACUGUCAACUGUGGGACCUUAUAUGGACAGGUGUGUGCCUUUCCCAAUCAUGUCCAAUCAAUUGAAUUUACCACAGAUGGACUCCAAUCAAGUUGUAGAAACAUGUCAAGGAUGAUCAAUGGAAACAGGAUGCAACUGAGCUCAAUUUCGAGUCUCAUUGCAAAGGGUCUGAAUACUUAUGUAAAUAAGGUAUAUCUGUUUUUGUUUUUUAAAUACAUUUUGCAAAAAUAUCUAAACCUUUUUUCUCUUUGUCAUUAUGGGGUAUUGUGUGUAGAUUGCUGAGGAUUAUUUAAUCAAUUUUAGAAUAAGGCUGUAACGUAACAAAAUGUGGACAAUGUCAAGGGGUCUGAAUACUUUCCCAAGCUAAAACUAGAUAUACAUAUGUUAGACUAGAGGAAGCUCUUCAUUUGACUUGUCAUGUUGAUGCUAAAAUCCAUGUAUUUCUGAAGGGAUCAUAAUGUCUGUGCUGUGGGCUGUAUUCCAGGUGACUUCUUGAAGACGUUGGAGGACCCAGACCUGAACGUGCGGCGGGUUGCCCUGGUAACCUUUAACUCGGCAGCCCAUAAUAAGCCCUCUCUCAUCAGAGACUUACUGGAUACGGUCCUGCCACACCUCUACAACGAGACCAAAGUCCGCAAGGAACUCAUCAGAGAGGUACAGGAUGAACCAAGCUUCUGUUCAUCUCUGUCAUUCUUCCUUCACUCUUCCCUUGUUUUCUGUUACCCCUAGGUUGACAUGGGGUUCCAUUUGGUGCUUGACUUCCUGUUUCCUGUUUCCUACCCUCUGUCUCUUAUCCUUCUUUCAUUUUUCAUUCACUCACAUCUUCCUUUCUUGGUUUUUGAAGGUUUUAAGUUUGAUUGACGAAGGGAUUUACUUGCAAUUCUUGUGCUAUGUAGUUGUUAUACCUACCUUCGUUGAGUUACUUUGGAUAAGAGGGUGUUCUAAAUGACCUACCUUCGUUGAGUUACUUUGGAUAAGAGGGUCUUCUAAAUGACCUACCUUCGUUGAGUUACUUUGGAUAAGAGGGUCUCCUAAAUGACCUACCUUCGUUGAGUUACUUUGGAUAAGAGGGUCUUCUAAAUGACCUACCUUCGUUGAGUUACUUUGGAUAAGAGGGUCUCCUAAAUGACCUACCUUCGUUGAGUUACUUUGGAUAAGAGGGUCUCCUAAAUGACCUACCUUCGUUGAGUUACUUUGGAUAAGAGGGUGUUCUAAAUGACCUACCUUCGUUGAGUUACUUUGGAUAAGAGGGUGUUCUAAAUGACCUACCUUCGUUGAGUUACUUUGGAUAAGAGGGCGUUCUAAAUGACCUACCUUCGUUGAGUUACUUUGGAUAAGAGGGUGUUCUAAAUGACCUACCUUCGUUGAGUUACUUUGGAUAAGAGGGUGUUCUAAAUGACCUCAAUGUUCUGUCUUCUCCCCCCAGGUUGAGAUGGGUCCCUUUAAACACACAGUGGAUGAUGGUCUGGACAUUAGGAAGGCAGCGUUUGAGUGCAUGUACACCCUCCUGGACAGCUGUCUAGACAGACUAGACAUCUUUGAGUUCCUCAACCACGUAGAAGACGGACUCAAAGACCAUUACGACAUCAAGGUAUCCUAUACAGCUUCCUGACAGAACCAUUAUAUGACCAUUGGUGUCCUACUCAUGAAUUUGAACAGUAGCCUGCCUGGAGAGAGAGAGAACAGGAGAGAGCGGUAGUCUGUAUGAAAAUCAGAGAACAGGAGAGAGAGAGGUAGUCUGUAUGAAAAUCAGAGAACAGGAGAGAGAGAGAGGUAGUCUGUAAGAUUAAAGGCCAGACUGCAUAAUGCAUCAUAGGGCCUGUAUUGAUGAGGCGUGUGUUGGUUUAUGUAGCUGGGGCUGGAGGAGAUUGGAGAUGUUGUAUGAUGGUGAUGUUGUUGUUUAUCUGCUCAGAUGCUGACGUUCCUGAUGCUGGCUAGACUGUCCACUCUGUGUCCCAGUGCUGUGCUACAGAGGCUGGACAGGCUGGUGGAGCCGCUACGGGCCACCUGCACCACCAAGGUGAGACUGACCAGAGACACUGUCCCUGACAUGGGACCAUUCACAGAGACCCAGACACACUGUCCCUGACAUGGGACCAUUCACAGAGACCCAGACACACUGUCCCUGACAUGGGACCAUUCACAGAGACCCAGACACACUGUCCCUGACAUGGUACCAUUCACAGAGACCCAGACACAACACUGUCCCUGUCAUGGUACCAUUCACAGAGACCCAGACACACUGUCCCUGACAUGGUACCAUUCACAGAGACCCAGACACUGUCCCUGACAUGGUACCAUUCACAGAGACCCAGACACACUGUCCCUGACAUGGUACCAUUCACAGAGACCCAGACACACUGUCCCUGACAUGGUACCAUUCACAGAGACCCAGACACACUGUCCCUGACAUGGUACCAUUCACAGAGACCCAGACACACUGUCCCUGACAUGGUACCAUUCACAGAGACCCAGACACACUGUCCCUGACAUGGUACCAUUCACAGAGACCCAGACACACUGUCCCUGACAUGGUACCAUUCACAGAAGACCCAGACACACUGUCCCUGACAUGGUACCCAUUCACAGAGACCCAGAAACACUGGCCCCUGACAUGGUACCAUUCACAGAGACCCGACAGACACUGUCCCCUUGGACAUGGUACCAUUCCACAAGAGACCCAGACACACUGUCCCUGACCAUGGUACCAUUCACAGAGACCCAGAAAAACAACUGUCCCCUGGGCAUGGUACCAUUCACAGAGACCCAGACACAACACUGUCCCUGGACAUGGGACAAGUCAGCAGAGACCCAACACAACACUGUCCCUGACAUGGUACCAUUCACAGAGACCCAGACCAACACUGUCCCUGACAUGGUACCAUUCACAGAGACCCAGACCACACUGUCCCUGACAUGGGACCAUUCACAGAGACCCAGACACACUGUCCCUGACAUGGUACCAUUCACAGAGACCCAGACACAACACUGUCCCUGACAUGGUACCAUUCACAGAGACCCAGACACAACACUGUCCCUGACAUGGUACCAUUCACAGAGACCCAGACACACUGUCCCUGACAUGGUACCAUUCACAGAGACCCAGACACACUGUCCCUGACAUGGUACCAUUCACAUAGACCCAGACACCAACACUGUCCCUGACAUGGUACCAUUCACAGAGACCCAGACACACUGUCCCUGACAUGGUACCAUUCACAGAGACCCAGACACACUGUCCCUGACAUGGUACCAUUCACAGAGACCCAGACACAACACUGUCCCUGACAUGGUACCAUUCACAGAGACCCAGACACACUGUCCCUGACAUGGGACCAUUCACAGAGACCCAGACACACUGUCCCUGACAUGGUACCAUUCACAGAGACCCAGACACACUGUCCCUGACAUGGUACCAUUCACAUAGACCCAGACACAACACUGUCCCUGACAUGGUACCAUUCACAGAGACCCAGACACACUGUCCCUGACAUGGUACCAUUCACAGAGACCCAGACACAACACUGUCCCUGACAUGGUACCAUUCACAGAGUCCCAGACACACUGUCCCUGACAUGGUACCAUUCACAGAAACCCAGACACACUGUCCCUGACAUGGGACCAUUCACAGAGACCCAGACACACUGUCCCUGACAUGGUACCAUUCACAGAGACCCAGACACAACACUGUCCCUGACAUGGUACCAUUCACAGAUCCAAUAGGUCAAUAUACUGGUUGCAGACAUCCCAUGCAGAACGGCUAUAUUUAAUGAUCAAAAAAAGUAGUGGUAUGCUGACUUUCUUUUAAAUUUUGUCUCAAGUUUAUUUGACAUUUGACCUCUGACUGUCAAUGACCUCCUUUGUGUUUUCACUGAGUGACGUGAUAAGAGUCCCAUCUCUCUCCAACAACCAGCUACAGUUGGUCCAUCUAUGUCAACCCCUCUCUCUCCCCCCACCAGGUGAAGGCCAACUCAGUGAAGCAGGAGUUUGAGAAGCAGGAUGAGUUGAAGCGUUCAGCCAUGCGGGCGGUUGUCGCCCUCCUCACCAUCCCCGAGGCAGAGAAGAGUCCCCUGAUGAGUGAGUUCCAGUCCCAGAUCUCCUCCAACCCCGAGCUGGCCGCCAUCUUUGAAAGCAUCCAGAGGGACUCGUCCUCCGCUAACAUGGAGUCCAUGGACACCAGCUAAACUACGACUCCCACAAUGCCCCUCUUCUUCCCGUUCAUUCCCAAAACAUGAUGCCGCAACAACAACAAAAUACCCGGGGGACCCUUUUAUCAAUCGUUCCAUGAUGCAUUGCACUGAAUCAGCAACAGUUAUAGGAGAAAAUACUAAUAAUUUAAAACAUUUUAAAAAAAGGAAAAUGUAAAAUAAGAUAGUCAAAGAAAUGUUCUCUUUAAAGCUUUUAAGCUCAUCACCACAUUUCUCAUUUAAUUUUUUCUAUAAAAAAAAAACAAAAUAAAUCAGUUUUUGAUUUGUUCCUUCGUUCUUUUUUUUUUUUUGGUUG